AUGGUCCAUUUGACCAACAUAGCGCUGUUGCUUUUAUCGGCAUUGGGAUCUGUCAACACCAUCCCAGUUGAGGAACCAGCGGUUCAGCGUCCCGCUAGACGUCCUGUCGCAGGCAAACUCGUUUCGCAAGGCUGUUAUCGCAACAUCUCAAACACCGUUGACCCAGUCUUCGAAGUGAAAGCCUAUGACUCGACCAACUCCUGGACCGCUUGCGGUCAACACUGCAGAGAUGAAGGAAAACCUCUUGGCCUCAUUCGCGGAGUACAGUGCUACUGCUCAUACACCCGGCCCGCUGAGCGAUAUUUCAUCGGCGACAUGUACUGCCAUGAUGCGUGCCCCGGUGGCAACCCAGACAAGCGCAUUGCCUGUGGUAGUACGGCUUACCAGAGCUUUAGCAUUAUCCACACUGGCCUUGAGCUGUAUCCCGAUGAAGACGGGGACCCCUACGAUCCACUACCAGAGACUCAAGGCUGCGCUAUGAAGUUACCCGCCGACGCAGUCUUUACAAAGUAUGGAAGCGGUAGUGGCAUUCAAAGCUGUCGCAAAUACUGCAGAAAUCUCAAAAAGAAAACAUUGAUGAUAUACAACAAGCAGUGUUUUUGCACCGACUCAACUCCGUCGCAAAGGACACUUGAUCGUGUUCCGGGGGAGAUGUGUUCACAACGAUGUGGCAAUAAGCCUUGUGGUGGAUAUCUUUAUACUCUUGGCUCGGCACUAUUCAGCGUCUACGAUACAACCAAGUCUGGGAUGCCUGGUUCCAAGUCUGCACCUAACUCUACAACCUUGGCGGAGGCUGCGGUGCCUACGGAUACCAAGCCAGCCAAUUCCGCUGCAAAGGCUAAUGGGCGUUCAAUCGGAGAGAUCUUAGAGGCUAUCGAGACCGAGUUUCAGCUCCAGAUACUAAUUCUUGAGGGGGGAGUAUGGGAACUGUUUGCUUGGUUGGGUCACGUAGCGGAAAGCUGGGUUACCCCGAAGGAGGGAAGUGAAGACGACGGUAGAGAGCUGGAUCUCCAGUAA